CUUCUGCCUUUCUGCUGGCUGCAGCUAAUGAGCCUUUGUGUGGCCACAGAGAGAGAGCGAAAGAGAGAGAGAGAGGGAGAGAGAGGGAGAGAGAGAGAGAGAGAGAGAGAGAGGAACCCAGUGACAGAGAGGGAGUUAAAGUGAGAAAGACUGUCGUCUUGCAACAAUAAAGCAUAUGGAAGCGACAGUGCAGCCAGAGCUGGAAAAUUACAAGUCUCUCUCACACUCCUGCACCCUUUUUUCUCUGACCAUGGACCUCUGGGGUCGCUGCAACUCAGCAGACUGAAACAAAAUGGGAACCUCUUCAUUCAUCAUGUCUCACCUUCUUCUGAAUAGCCACAUUUAUGAUUGUCUGGCUGUGCUGCUGUGAGGAGAGGUGAAAGGAGUCACAGUCUGCCAGUGGAUACAGGUGCAGAUGCAGAGGGCCAUGAGUGGAAUACUGAAGAGGAAAUUUGAGGAGGUGGAAGCCUCCUCCUCCCCGUGCUCUUCCUUGCGGGAGUCUGAUGAUGAGGUCUCCUGCAGUGAGAGUGGGGAUAGCAGUGACAGUGUCAACCCCUCUGCCUCAGGCCCAUUCACCCGUGAGUCUGACUCAAUAUUGAAGAGGGAGAAGCGCCUGCGGACCAGGAGGGUACAUUUUGAGAAUGUGACCGUGUACUACUUUGGUCGGCGGCAGGGCUUCACCAGUGUGCCGAGCCAGGGCGGCAGCACACUGGGCAUGUCCAACAGGCACAGCUGGGUCAGGCAGUACUCCCUGGGAGAAUUCGCCCUGGAGCAAGAGAGACUCCACAGAGACAUGCUGAGAGACCACCUAAAAGAGGAAAAACUCAACUCAAUCAAACUUAAGCUGACUAAGAAUGGCACAGUGGAGUCUGAAGAGGCCAACACGCUCACGGCGGAGGACAUUUCUGAUGAUGACAUUGAUCUGGACAACACAGAGGUAGACGAGUACUUCUUCCUGCAGCCUCUAACAACUAAAAAGCGCCGGGCACUGCUCCGAUCCUCUGGGGUAAAGAAAAUUGACGUGGAAGAGAAACAUGAACUGCGGGCCAUCCGGAUGUCCAGAGAGGACUGCGGCUGUGAUUGUAGAGUGUUCUGCGACCCAGAGACCUGCGCCUGCAGCAUAGCAGGAAUCAAGUGCCAGGUGGAUCGUAUGUCAUUUCCAUGUGGCUGCACAAAAGAGGGCUGCAGCAAUUCAACCGGAAGAGUGGAAUUUAAUCCCAUCCGUGUUCGGACCCAUUUCUUGCACACUAUAAUGAAGCUUGAACUGGAGAAGAGUCGUGAGCAGCAGCAAGCUUCCCCCACCAACGGGUACCACAGCGAAAAUAAUGACCCUCUGGUUCAGUCCCAGCACAGGUUGGAGUAUUCUCUGUCAGACGCUGUUCCACAGACUGCCAGCAUGCACCUGCAGACUGAGGAGAUGGAGGAGCCACUAGAUGAAGAAGACGAGGACGAGGAUGAAGAGGAUGAUGAGGAGGAGGAAGAAAAUGAAGAGGACGAGGAGGAUGAUGAGGAUAGUAGCAGCGUUUGCAGCGGACUGUCUGACUCCAGCACUCAGAGCUUGGCAAACAGCGACUCGGAGGAUGAAGAGGAAGACGACGAGGAUGAGGAAAAGUCAGAGAACUUUGAGGAGGACAUGGCGACUCCAUCUGUGUCCCACACUGCAGUUGUUCCCUUAUCAUCCGUGUUGUGUUACAGUGACGCCUCUGUGGCACAUGAUAACCAUAUGAAUGGAAAUACCUAUUUAAUGAACUCUUCUUCAGCUGAGUACUAUCAGCUGGGGAGCUCCAGUGCCAUAUCCAAUGGCCAAAACAGCCAACCCAGUGAACCUUACGGGGAAGCCUUAGCAUUUCCAGAUCCAGUCAGCACGUCAAACGGCAGCGUGACCCAGGGACCCUUCAACAUGACUGCCGAGCAGUACACAGACUACCCAAACCAGACUGAGGAACAGUACUCGGCCAAUCAGCACUUCCCUCUGACCAAUGGGAACCCUACUACCCAUUUGCCCUGCUACACACCUGAUCAGGAGAAGAAGGUGAUGUCCAAAACAGCCUUUGUGGAGCAGCCGGAGAACAAGAAUCAGACACAGUUCCAAAACUACCUGAACAAUAACAACCAGGGUUCGUACAGCAGUCAGAGCUCAUGUAUGACAUCAGAACAGCCACAGCAAGAGUCCGACGUUAAUGGGCAUUCUGACCUAACCUUACUAGCGAACAAUACCAAGAACCUCCCAUUACCGGACCAUUGCCCCGAGGUCACAGCCAUUUAGUAGACCUCGCCUUUUUAAGUGUUCUUUCAUUAUCGUGUCUUUACUUGAGAGGAACUCUGACCAAGUGGUAUUUCAAGGGGAUAUAUUCAUGGCCUUUUGCAUUAUCUGACCUUAAACUUAAAGCAAUUUACAGCACCAUAUAGUACAUUUUCAUCUGUAACUAUAAAGCCAUAGGUUCAUGAUGGAAAUGUUUUGAGGAAUUUGCAGUCUUGAGGUUUCUUCACCACAGUGUGAUAAACUCCAAGAAAGAUCAAAACAUAAAUAAUGUCAUGCUGUGCAAUGUAUCUUGUAAUUUCAGAUGUAAAGUUCUAGUUUUAAGCAGAUAUUGUACUGUAGAUGGAACUUUUCUAUGUCUACUGUAUGUGUCAAAUGUGCAAAAAAAAGUUUAUUGUCAGUUUAUUUAUUGUUUCUGAAUUAUGUGCAUACUUAUAUAUUGUAAAUGUUUUGAUAACAAUAAGCAUGCUGUUUUGGGAAUCUCAGUGACAUUUAGGAAAAAAAUUGCCAUUGUUUUAUAUGAAAAUGUGUUGUAUACAUUAUGUACAUUUUUCUCUUUCUUUUUGUCACUAUUAUAUGCUUUUCUAUGUUUUGGGAAAGCAUGAAACAGCUUGAAAUCUUAUUUGUAUGUUUGGAUUACAGCAUCAAUAGCAUCAAGACAUAAAAUAAUUCAGUCUUUUGCACUUAAGGGUCCAGUUGGUUUUAACUGAGAAAUAUUUGGACGGUGGAAAAAUAUGGCACUACAUUUGUUCCUGCUAUUCACUCUUAGGAUAAUGUGAUUAGUGGGUGCAGCUAAAAAAAAAAAAAUAUUUGAAACGUUAAUUUGAUACAGGGAUAUUAAUGAAGUAGCACUUUGACAUAUCUCCAAUAGUAUGAGAAACCCUCUGAUUCAUCAUAGACAUUAAAUCAGCUUCAUAGGAUUCAUUUGAGAUGAACUUGCAACAGUAGUCAUCUCCAUUAGUAAAAAAAUUAUAAUAAAAAAAUUUUAAAAAAAUAUUAACAUACUGACCCAAAAUAACGUGUCAGUGUUUUUACACUAACUGCUUAUGGGAUUUCUGCUUUUGAAUGUGGUUAUUCUGUCUAAUAAGGAAGAUGUUUAUUUAUGUGGAUCCAAUAAUGAUGUUGAUUUGUUCAACUGAAGUGCAAUAGUCAGAGGGUUAUCUAAUAGUCUUUCUCUUUUAGAUAAGAAUCCGUGGACUGAGACUGCUUUUGAUUGACCUUCAUGGUACUUUACAUUUGCGCUUACAUUGUACGUAAAGCACCAUUAGUUUCGUAAAAAAAUAAAUAAAUAAAUGAAUAAGCCACAGUUUAGUAAUUGUAUAUGGGUAAACAAAUGUUCAAGGUUGACAAUCAAAGCUUAUUGUUAAACAUGAUUCAUAUUAGUAAUAAUUAAUAACUAAACGACUUGACUGGUCCUAUGAGCCAUGAAUGACAGAUAUAAAAACAGUUAACCAAAAAUCUGUAAAUAACCUUUUCCACAUCUUGGUAAAAAAAAAAAAAAAAACAGACUAUAUCACUCGACAAUUGGGCA